AUGGCUUUCGCUCGCAGAUUAGCUAUCCUUCCUGGAGGUCUAGGUGGCCUGGGUUCUAGCAUAGGUAAGAAGCUUAGAGAACAAGGCGCUCACCUUGCCAUCCUCUAUGCCCCAUUUGAAGCCGCCCGUCGAGAGGAGCUUCUGAGAUCCGGCUAUUCAGGAGUUUCCAGCGACGCAAUUCGUACCUACGAGUGCGAUAUUACCUCACCAUCGUCGGUCCAGUCCGCCUUUAGGGCCCUGGAGCAGGAAAUGAUCAGACCGUCGUUAUCAACCCUGAGUGAUGGAGCCUUUCCCUUUCCGAGCAUCCUCAUCAACACCCCCGGAUAUGUCUCGCUUAGUGACAUGGAGAUGACUCCGCCAGACGCCUUUGCACGACUCUACUUUUCCGCCUCGAAGGCUGCAGAAUCAUCCGCGAAUCCCUCACCACCCGGCCGAAUUGUCAACGUUGCGUCACAAGCUGCGCAUGUGGCUCUGCCGCGACAUGCGGCAUACUGUGCUUCCAAGGCUGCCUUGCUGGGAUUGACGCGCAGUAUGGCAUCUGAGUGGGGAGGACGAGGUAUCACCUCCAACUCGGUAUCACCGACAGUGGCGUGGACGGCUCUCGGGAAGAAGGCUUGGAAGGAAGACUCGGUGCGGGAGGCCUUUUUGAAGACGAUUCCCACUGGCAAGUUUGCGCUUCCUGGGGAGGUUGCGGAUGCUGUUGUCUUUCUCUGUCAGGAUUCAAGCGGCAUGGUCAACGGUGCGGAUCUUAGAGUCGAUGGCGGCUUUACCAUCCAAUGA